AUGAAACUCGAUUUUUCUCCCACCCCCUCAAUGAAAGGUUUUCCGUUUUCAGUUAUUUGUUUUUCGUUUCUUUUUUUCACUCUCUACCCCUCUCUAUCUCUCUCUCAUUGGAUCCAUCCAUCUCCUCUUGAGCGCAAACAACACACGUGUGCACUUUUCUCUCCCACGUACCCGUUUCUUUCUCUUACUAACCUUUCUCUUUUUCUUUCUUUCAGGCUCUUACUCCUUCUCUCAAAUUUUUCCUAUAGCCCACUUUCUCUUUUCUUUUUUUCUUCGUUCAUGUCCUUUCUCUUCUGUACAAAUACUUUACCUUUUUUUUUCUCUGAAACACCCUCCCUCUGUCGCAUUCAACGUUUCUUUUUUUUCUUCUGUUUUACUCUUCUGAAAGUGAAAUCCGAGCUUUUCACUCGUAUCUCUCUUUUUACCUCCACCACGUUUUACUGUAAUUUUCUCUCUUUUUCUUCAUGUCUAAUAAACUUUUCCUCUUGCCUUUGCUCCUCUUCUUAA